UUACCACUGCGUUCGCUUUGUCUUAAUGGUAUCACUAUCAUAUCAAAUAGAAUAAUAAUAACAAAAGGGAAAUGGAGAUAACUCAGAUUCUAAAAGGGAUCGCGCCAAUUCAAAAUCCGCCGUAGUAGGGGCUGUUAGAGUUUAGUCACAUGGUUAUAGCUAUUCAGUUCGUCCGCUAUCACUCUUAUGAGCGGUACUUAAACAAAAUUGUCUUUCCUCCUCAUUGAAAAUUUUUUCCUUUCCCUUCAUUUUUCCCACGGUUUUCCGACGCCUAAUUUUUUCGACGGCCACCGAAUCGCUUUUUGAUUGACCGCGGCUCGCGUUGGGAUUUUUCACGAAUUAACGCCGAAUUUUUAACGCCCCGCCGUCAGUAUUACCGCGUGUACCCGUGUGUUUUUUUUCUGAUAAGAAUCGGAUUUUACCGGCCGGGAUUCCCGACGGAUUUUUUUGAAGUUCCCGAGUUUAAGUUCCGGAAUUUUUGUGCCAAAACCCGUGACUUCUCCGCAGAAUUCAGUUGGAUCUGUUCCUCGCUCCGAAAAAUUGUUAUCAGUUACUCGUGAGUUCUUAUCACCGUAUCAUCGCAGCUUGAAUUUUUCCUCAGUGUGAAUACUCUGGACCGAAAUUUUUUUGAAGUGGUGCGGUGUGUUUUUCCGUAAAAAAUAAAAAUUAUCAACUGACAAAAUUAUUAAAUUUGUUUUUCGCUCUCCCCAGACAAUGAAUGUGUUCGCCAAUUUCUCACAAUUUUCCUGCAAGUGUCGUCACAUCCUUCUCUGCUGAAUAAUCUCAUCUAAUCUCAUUUAAUUUUUAAGUGCUGUGUCAAACUAGCAAACAUUAGCUAAAUAUCGCAAGUAUUAUCAGCGUUGAUUUUUUUAUCUGAUAAGGUCCGUGCCGAUAACCCCACCUCCAAUUUUUCAAAACGCUCUGUCCUCAACUAUGACAGCUCUCCAAAAUGAUUUCAACGGUGUUGGUUAACUACAAAAACAAACUGAAGCAGUGAUUCGAACAGUGAUCCCACCACGUGACACCAGUGCUAUUUUUUUGUUUUUUUUAAUCGUGUACUAUAUAAAUUUAAUAUAAAAAUUGCAAUGAAUUCGUACUUCGAGCAAACCGGAUUUUACGGGGGUCACCACCACCAGACGGCAGGGUCCCAUCACCACGACCAAGCUUACAGAUUCCCCCUGGGGCUGGGGAUGUCCCCGUACGCCUCGACCCAGCACCACCACCAUGGCCUCCAGUCUCGACCCCAGGACUCACCCUACGACGCCUCAGUCGCGGCAGCCGCCUGCAAAUUGUAUAGUUCCUCGGCUGACAGCCAGACCAGCAUAAACUACUCGACGAACAAGGGCGAGUGCACGAAAAAUUCCGAGUCCGGACAUCAGAACGGCUACGCGGCAGCUGCGGCCGCCGUCAAGGAUAUCUGGAGUUCGGCCACGGCGAAUUCCGGGUCCGGGAACAGCCUGGUCCGACCGUCGGCCUGCACCCCGGACUCGAGGACGUACGGGUCGUCGGUGGGUUUGGUGGGUGGCGAUCCGGGUUCCAGCCCUGGAGCCACCGGGUCCACGCGGACCUCGUCGUCGGCCACCCUCGGGUCCUCGUGGAACACAUGCUCCCUCAACUCCACCACCGCCCAGUCCACCCAGCUCCACCAACAGGCGGCCAAUAAUCACACUUUCUACCCUUGGAUGGCGAUAGCAGGUGCAAACGGGCUACGGCGGAGAGGGCGACAAACGUAUACCCGAUACCAAACGCUGGAGCUGGAGAAGGAAUUUCACACGAAUCAUUACCUGACACGACGAAGGCGAAUAGAGAUGGCCCACGCUCUGUGUCUAACGGAAAGGCAAAUCAAAAUAUGGUUCCAAAACCGGCGGAUGAAGCUGAAGAAGGAAAUCCAAGCGAUAAAGGAACUCAACGAGCAGGAGAAGCAGGCUCAAGCCCAGAAAGCAGCCGCCCUGGCCGCAGUUCAAAGUGAUCACUGAGAAUUGUGCUCCCCUCUCAUUCUACCAUCCUAUUAAUUUUAAAUUUACCACAUUUGCGCCAAGCAAGUAGGUCUGUACAGUAGGCUCUUAUUUAUUUAUUAUUUACUUAAUUUAUUUGUUCAUAGUUUCCCCUCGAACAUCAAUGACUGUCAUGUUGGCUCCACGCUUCGAGAAGAAGCGCAGAAAACGCAGGAGAAAAGAAGUGUUGUACAAGUGUUCAAAGUUGAUAUAAAUAAUUUGAAAAUUUUAAUUUUUUUACGUAAAAGAAUCAAGUCAUUGUGAAUUUCUUUGAGAUGUUUUCUUUAGUUUUCAUUUUUCGCUCGUCAAUCGCGCAUUGUUAUUGUUUUAACUUUUAUUUAUUUUAUUUUAUUAUUAUUUUCAUUUUUCUUUUCGUAAUUUUGUUUUUUGUUCAAGUUUAGAAUCUAUUAUAAUUAUUAAAUGUAAUAAAUACGAGAAGUGUUAUGUGUCGUUCAACGCAUCUUCCUGUAACGGAUAUGAUAAGGAAAUAUCUCCACGGAUAUCACCAUCGUCGUCCAUGGAUUCACUGUUCACUAAGGUAAGAAGGCCCUUCUUUUCUCUGGAGAUGUUCCCACACAUACGUUUGCAAUAUUUGUAUCAGCAGCAUCUUUGUUUCCUUAAGUCUCUCCAUUUUUUUCCACCCUUAUCUUCUCCGAGCCCCAACGUAAUUGCUUCCGAGAUUCAACUCUCAGUUGAGUACAGUCUAUUUAAAUUUAAAAAUUAUUUAAUUCAUCGUCAGUUUCCCACCAGGGAAUGAGUAUGUUACUAUAAUUUGCCGUAUUUCAUGACCCCAUAUUUAUCGAGCGCAAUUUUUAGUACUUUAAAAGAAAUACAAUCAAUAAAAGCAACAAAAAAUGAAUUAUUUGAUCCGUUACAUAUUAAUGCUAAAGAAAAAAUCAACACAAAACUUUUGUUUUUGAAAUGUUUGCACUGUUAAAGAGGAAAGAAAGACAUUUGUUGGACUUUUUAAUCAGCAUUGACUCUAAUGAUUGAACCUUCAAAUAAUUAUCUUUUCCUGCGUUUGUAUGAGAAAGUAAUGUACUCCCUGCAUUUUUGCAUCGUCCUUUUUAUUUUAUGUUUCUUCUCAUAUUAUUUUAUUUUGCUGUGCUUGUAAAGUAAGCGCUCCCUGCUAGAACUCGCUUUUCAAGUAACCGUAUAUAUAUCAGUAUUUGAAUGUUCAAAAUAUUUUUUAUCGACUUUCCCAAAUUUUAAUUGCUCUUUUGAUCUUUGCGGAGCGAGACCGAAUACUCAAUUACCUUUGAUUGAUUAGUGCCCUUAUACAUACUGAUUGAAGACCAGACUGAUCGGUCUGAGGGUAAUCACCUAAUCUCGGAAGUUUUUGCUCUAGGAGUUUCGACUUCAUUUGCGACCUUUCAAAAUACUGCUGCGAGGUACGUUUUGAAAGUUAAACAUGAAUAUGCAUUCGUUCACGAGUCAAAUAUUAUACUCAAUUGAGGUAAUGAUACUCCUUUUUGAGGUAGAAUCGGAGUGGGUAGGAAUAUUUUAGAAAAUACAAUCGAGUGCCAAAGAAACUAACGCAUGCUCACGUUCGGUUACUAUACUCACAGUUAAACCUAAUGCUGCAUAUUUUUAAGAUUUCCUUAGAAAAUAUCUCCAAGAGAAGGGCCUCUUAAUCUUAGUGAUCAGUGUGCUCAUGAACUGUCUUCUUUUUUGGGUUUCAGACCACGUGAAAGGUUACAUUUGUCAAAGAAAACCAUUUUUGAGAUUAAAUUGAGGUGAUGAUCUCCUCCUAGAAUAGCUGUUAAUCAGUGAGUGCCAAAUGUUUAAUACGCUAUCAUCAAGUGAUAAUUAAAAUACAUGUGUGUAUGAUAAAUUGUAUUAAUUAAUGCAAAGUGUUAGCGCCCAACACUAAGAAAAAAAGAAACAAAAUCUUAAAUUUACCGCCACAAAAUAUUUUUUUCUUGAAUCAAUAAUGAUGUUGCGUUGUGUAAGCAACUUUUUUGCUUAUCCCAAGAAUAUUCCGUGUUUAUCCUACAGGAAUUCAGCUUGAAUCAAGAUGGAUCAUCUUGGCGGUUGAUUCAAGACAUAUCAGCCUUGAUCCAAUCACUUUUUCAGUGAAUAUUUUGGACACGCGCUGAUCAGCAGAUAUCAUAUUAUUACAAUCUUAAUAAGUACUUUUCAGAUGUUCUAUUACUCAUUGUCAACCCGUAAUUACUUAACGUCAGCUAUAGUUUUGACCCCACCUUAAAACAUUUGAUUUCUUUUGUCAAAUUCAUACACUUAAGCAUGGCCCUCCACUUUUUUCUCUCAAAAAGUCAAACAUCCGUGCCCAAAUCAGGGAUCAUUCUUAAAUUUCGAAAGUUCCAGACAUUUAUUUCGACUCGUAGUUAUAAGCUCUGACCAUAGGGGCCUGGUUACUUUAUGUUGGUGUCUCCCAAGAUUAUACUUUGACUGACAAAUGAUACCUUUAAAGAAGAAUAACUAUGUACAUGAAACUUCAUCAAUCGAUAUUUUAAAGUAUACGAAAUUCUCUUUCCCUUUGAUUUUUUUUUUAAUUUCAGGCAAAACUUGAUAAUAACUGUGCAACAUCAGUGUAGUAUGAGUACAGAAAAGCUAAGGAUUUGAAAGAGUCCUUUUCACAGAAGCUAAACGUGACUUUAAGUCACUUUCAUCAUUGCGUCUAGUAAAUUUUGUUUUUGCCACAGGAGGAAACUUUUAUCUUUCACGCGACACACUUUAAUUCUUAUUUUCCAAUGUUAAGGAUGUGCUGAAGGGUUGUCAAAAUGAUGGUUAAGACCAUUGGAUGUCUUGCAUUUUAUGAAUGAUGAUUCUCGAUCAGUCAUUCGUUAAAAGGGUUACAACUAACCAUUGGCUCUGCUCAAAAUGUGCAAUUGUGUCAGAUGACACGCUUCUUAAUUUCAGGGCCAAUGGUUACACGAACCAAAUAUUGAACGUUUCCAGAGUUUUAUGAGUAUGCAGGACCAAUAUUUUCCUCUUUUUCUACUCAUAAACAUUCCAAUUGCUUACUUUAUUUUUCAUUAAUAAGCUGUGGAGCAUAAUUUCAUAAAUUUUACACAGUCGACUCCAAAUAUGGUAAUGCAUGAAUCCGUAAAAAUUUCGAGUCAGAAUAUCCUACUGUCAGUGAAGUGCCAGAAUAAUUUUAAUAUCGUCCUCUCAGUUUUUAAGCAUGCCACCACUAUUCAUCAGCAAAUAAAGCAAUGGAGCAAAUCAUAUCUUAAAUAUCCAUUAUCUCAAUCAAAAAAAAAAAAAAUAAUAAAACAGAGGGAGUCAGAUAAAGAAAAGAAAAUAUUCGAGAUCUGAGUUAUCUCGUCAUGAGCGUCCAGUUACCGUUUCGUAAACUGCCAAACUACUGUUUUAUGAAGUUCUUUUUGGCGGUGUAUUUCGAAGCCAACUUUUAUGCUACUUAAUUAAAAUUCUCGUCAACAUUUUAAUAUCCUGGAAUCGUAUCCAUCUUGGUUUAAGAAAAUAAAACAAGUGCAUGAGAUCAGUGAGAUAAGACAUUAUUGUUCGUGUCGUUUUUCUUGUGAUAAGUGUAAAUACAACUGUAACUGUAAUUUUAAUAUUAGGUUAAAUCAUGCCAAAGUUUAAAUACAAUACUGAUAGAUAUAAUAAGCAGAGAAUGUGUUUUUCUAUCUGCAAGUGUAUUUUAGACAGUUUUAAAAUGCGUCAUCCAGUAUGUAAAUAAAAUAAAACUAUGUCAAUGAAGAUCAAGCUUCCAUUCAGUUAUGUGUUGAAAAUAAGCUUAGUAUUUUUCUCCCUAAAAAUUGCAAUUUUGGCUACAAUUUAGUGUUUGAACGAGGAAGGAAUUUCAUUUUUUUAUCAAUUUCGACUUCUCGAGUAGUAUAAAUAACAGCAAAAUGACUCAACAAAAAAGCUUAUUUGUGAAUUUUAAAUAAUUACUUCAGAUAUUUGCCCUGAGUUGCUCCGAAAAAGUCAAGUUUUGAUUUUACCGGAAGUCAUAUGGGAGCUUUUUUUUUACGAAUGUCAGAGCUAUUUCUGUAAUAGUUGCUACUCUGAGUAAACGUCCUUUCGUUUUUUAUAUUAAUCUGCUAUUUUCAAUUACUAUUUGAUAUUCGUAAGGAAAAUGGUCAAAAUAAGGAUUAAUUAUGAUGAAGGAAGCAAUAGCAAACAUCCGUGGAGCCAUCAAAACUCAUUUACAAAGUAAACCAAUUUGCAUGUAAUUUCCAAUCUCGUCAGGAUUUGGCAAUGUGCUUUGUAUCAUUAUACGUACUAGGCUAAGUGAAAAAUUUAGUAUUAUUAAGCAAGCAGAAGCACAUCGCCAUUCCCACAUUUUCAGCGAUACCCGAUUAUGAGGUGAAUCGCAACUUUUGAUCUCAUGGCUUUUAACUUCAUGGAACCAUAAUUGGACGUAUUUCUACCAAACGGAACUAUGUUAUUGCGACGUGAGCCCUGUCAUGCAUACAUUCUUAUAGGUCUCAAGGCUCCUGUCUUAAUGCACUUAGUUCUGUUUGAUAGAAAUACGCCCAAUUGAUCGAAAUACACAAGAAAACCAGCCCCGUAAGCCCAGCAAAUGAAAGUAUUAUCUUUUAAAAAGAAUUGACCAUUAUGGGCUUACAAUAUCCAUCUUUAUUGCUUGGAAGCACAAGUCACUUAUAAUCCAAAGCAUAACUCAGCUGAUGAACUGAAAAGACGCAUAAUCAGUUUUGUCAGUUUCAAGCUAGUAAAAAAAUUAUGUUCACGUAAGUACCUACAUGUUUCUGAAGUAUGUGAUUGCAAUUUCAUUUAAUUAGUUUUUUAUUUAAAAUUUUGUACAUAACGCUGGCAACCUGUAAUUAAAAAGUUUUCAAUGUUUCGUCGUAUGUUUCACAUAAGCUUUGAAGUGAUAAUAUUGUGCGAUUUGUUUUCCCCUGUAUUUUAAUUUUGUAUUAAUUUAUUUUUAAUGUAUUAUAUAAUUGUUUUUAUUAUUUUUCGUGUUUGAAAACAGUACACAUUAUGUUGUGAUAAGAAAAUGAUCUGUACAAUGAAUAAUAAAAGUAUACGAACUUUCCAAAUUAUUUGGAACUGAUAAUUAAUUAAAAUCGAAACUGAUUUUUACCUACAGAAAAAAUUAAUGGUAAUUUCAACUGAUGCAAUUUGAAAUAAAUAUAACUCUGCCAAAAAAUAAAUAGAUACUUAGAAUAAAGGAAAGCACUCACAUUUCACGUAAGCGAUUUACCUGUAAGCUCAAAGGCUCAUCUGUCAACCAAAAAAAUUUCGGUGUGAUUAGACUAAAUUUGUUUUCCGAAAUUAUAUUGUCAUUCGGGUAUGUACAAGUUUAGACCUCAACAAAAGGGUAAAAAAAGAGAAAGUACAAACGUACAAACUAGGAAAGAUAAACAGCUACAAAAGUUGAAGUUUUCUACUGGAAUACGACAGAAACAUGACUUAGUUACCACUUUAGGAUGAGUAGUACAUCUAGAAAAUUUAGUACCCAUCGAUAAGAAUAACUGCACAAUGUAUAUUAACUGACUGUAAUUUUGAAAAAAAUGAGUGAUUCAUCAUGAUACGAUUCUAGUUCACAUUGAAAAUGUGUCGGGUGAGUCGAUCUUUAAAUGAAAUUCACAAAUAUUGUACAUUUUUAUAAAGUGUAAUAUAUUUUAUCGCUUAUAAUUUUCUUUCUUUUGUUCAUCUUAUGCAAAUAUCUCUCUGUAUGUUUUAAAAUAAUACAAUUUUGAAACGAAAGCAAAAGUGUUGAGUUAUAUUUUAUCAAAUAAAUGUGUUACUUGUAUCUCAAACUGAA